AUACAUAGAGUACGGUCGUACAGCUUACAGCUCCUAUUUAAAUCGCAUGCUAGGCCCGACUUAAAUAACUUGUUUUAAAUGCCGUGGAUUGAACGCUUAAUCCACGUAUUUUAGUUGAUAUUGUGACUGUCGCGUUGUUUGGGCCUAGCAUUCGCGGCGGGCGUUUUUGUUUAGAAACAAGCUUAACAAAGACGGCGAAGUUUUGUAGAGAGUACCGCAACGCACGACCCGAUUUUCGUUGAGAGCACUUUUCUACAUUUCAUUCGUUAAAUGAGCAUGGAAACUUCAGAGAACUCUCCACCAAAGAACCCAUCUGGAGGAAAGCCAUUCGUCAAGCUCCCAAGCAUCGACGAUUUUGCCGUGCUAAAGCCCAUAAGCAAAGGAGCGUUUGGCAAAGUCUACUUGGCACAAAAGAAGGGCAAAGAGGAAGGCCAGCUCUAUGCCAUCAAAGUGGUUCAGAAGACUGACAUGGUCCACAAGAACAUGGUCGACCAGGUGCUGGCCGAGAGGAAUGCCCUUGCCAUGAGCCAAAGUCCGUUUGUUGUGCACCUCUUCUACUCCCUGCAGACAAGCGUCAGCGUUUAUCUGGUGAUGGAGUACAUGAUUGGAGGAGACAUCAAGUCGCUCCUGCACACCUUGGGCUUCUUCGAUGAAGGCAUGGCACGGUUCUAUGCGGCAGAAGCGGUGCUUGCCCUCGAGUACCUGCACAGGAGACACAUUGUGCACAGGGACCUGAAACCAGACAACAUGCUCAUCUCUCACACGGGUCAUGUGAAGCUCACGGACUUUGGCCUCUCCGAAGUGCAGCACAAGCAUCUUGUCCUCCAAGAUGUCCUGGGCACGCCAGCGGGGAGAGCUGCUCGAAGCGUGGUGUUCCCCAGCCGCACGCCGGGACAGCUCAUGUCUCUCACAUCCAGCCUGUCUUUUAGUGCUGCCAGGCAACAGGUGAAGUUCCCCGAGCCGAGAGUCCGAUCCAACAGGUUACCCGGCCAGUCCACGGACACAAGCAUGCGGCUCCGCUCGUGCCGGCGUCGGCUGCCCAGGGGUUCGGUCGAAGUCAUGGCUUCCCCCAAAAUGGCUCUCGCCAGCCCCAGGCCCGUUGCCCAGAAACGAAGCAUGGCGACUUCCCCGCUGCAGCUGUUGAGUCCGAGCCCGCUACCCGAAGCAAAACGUCUCCACUUCGACCUUGAGCUGACGUCGCCGCUACGAAGCCCGCUGCGUAGCCUUCGGUGGCGCAGCGUGCCGGGGUCUCCCGCCAACAGCCCCGAGUGGAUGGUGGUAGCCAAUUGCGGCAAUAACAGCGGCGGCAGUCACGACGAUGUCUUCACCUUGUGCCACUCCGGCGAGAGACCGCUCGCAAAGAGCUCCCCCGGCACUGCUCCAUCAGCGUCGCCCCUCGCGUCCACGUUCCACACUCCGCAAGACCAGCGUGUCCCUCCGCCGACGCGGACCCCCAAGUCCGUCCGGGGUCGGCCCCUCGAGGGGAGGAUCCUCGGCACUCCGGACUACCUCGCUCCUGAGCUGCUCUUGCGGCAGGAGCACGGAGCGGCUGUGGACUGGUGGGCACUUGGCGUGUGCCUGUACGAAUUCCUCACGGGUCUGCCUCCGUUCAGCGACACGUCACCGGAAGCUGUGUUCAACAACAUUCUGAGCAGGGAUCUCCAGUGGCCUGAAGGCGAAGAGGCGCUGUCUCAAGUGGCUCAAGAGGCAAUAGAAGAGCUCCUCACUCCAGAUCCAAAUACUCGACCCGGAUCGAAAGAGGUUCGUGCGUUGCCCCUGUUCCUCGGCCUGACGUGGGAUAACCUUCACGAGCAGACGGCCCCCUUUGUGCCACGUCCCGACGACGCCACGGACACGGGGUACUUCGAAGCUCGCAAUCGCAUGCAGCAGCUCAAACUCUCCAGCUUCUGCAGUUAGCAGUCUUUCCACCCUGCGUUUGCCUGAAGUUUCCCGCCUCAAGAUGCUGGCCGUCCAACGAGGAUGGCCGCCCGAAGCCAUCCAAGAUUUUAUCCCCGCUUACUCUACCGGGUGAUUCAAGGAGACGGCAGGCUCUUUAAAUCGACCGUAAAAUUCCGUUUCUUAACGUAUCGCGCUACGACUUUGUGCAGCGUUGCCCACAGAUGGUGCAUUUUUUUUUGUAAAAUUUGCAAAGAGCGAACUUACCUGAGGAAAAAGUAAAGAAAGAAAAAGGCUUAGCUCCUAUGGAAACUCAGCGACGCCACCGGUCUUCAAACAACACGGCGCCGUUUCGCACAAGAGACAAGAGAUGGCGCAAGCGGUCGCGACGCCAACUGCCGCCAACGAGCGAGCAGACGACGCCGGGAGCCGGCGUAUCUAGCAGACAAAGAGCUGCAGUUCCGUGUUGUUACCGCACCUGUUUUUGUUCCUGCGACUGUCGCCGCCCGCGGAACGCGCUCCGCUUUUGAGUCGAAAAGAUUGUCUGCUAAAGUUGCUGGCUCUCGGCGCCGUAUGCUCGUUCAUUGGCGGCGUUCGUUGCGCCAUCUCUUGCGUCCCGUGCGAAACGGCGCCGUGUUGCUUGAAGACCAGUCGGUGGCUUCGCUGCGUUUCCAUAGGAGCUAAGCCUUUUCCUUUCUUUACUUUUUCCUCAGGUAAGUUCACUCUUUGCAAAUUUUACAAAAAAAUAUGCACCAUCUGUGGGCAACGCUGCAGAAAGUCGUAGCGCGAUAGGUUAGGAAACCGAAUUUUCCGGUCGAUUUAAAGAGCCUGCCGUCUCCUUGAAUCACCCGGUAUUUCGGUUUUUAUCUUUUAUUUAUGGAGAGAGAAAUAUAUAAACAUAAAACAUGUCAUAAUUCUACAACUGCUAUCUGUCUGUCUGCUGUU